GCCUGGUGAAGGGAUUGCCGGGAUUGUAGGAAGUGAUCCCGGGGAAGGGGAGUGGUUCGGGACCGAUGCGCACCGCGCCAGGUUUCCGCAGCAGCCCUGCUCGCCUUGGUGUGGCCCUCAAACGCACAGCCGAGACCAUGCCCCUACACGUGAGCCUCGCCAACGGCAACCGGGACCUGGACUACGACUCGGUGCAGCCAUACUUCAUGUGCGACGAUGAGGAAGAAGAUAUGCAGCAGCAGCCGCCGCAGCCGCCCGCGCCCAGCGAGGACAUCUGGAAGAAAUUCGAGCUGCUGCCCACACCGCGCCCGUCCCCGGGCCACGCCGGCCUCUACUCACCUUCCAGCGAAGCGGACGCCGCGGCUUUCUCCCCCAGGGAACACGACGGUGACAGCUUCUACCCCGCAGACCUGCUGGAGAUGGUGCCCGAGCUGCCUGGAGAGGCGGUGAAGCACAGCUUCGUCUGCGACCCGGACGACGAGACCUUCGUGAAGAACAUCAUUCUGCAGGACUGUAUGUGGAAUGGCUUCUCGGCCUCCGCCAAACUGGUCUCCAAGCUGGACACCUACCAGGCUGUGCGCAAAGAAGGCGCCAGCGCGAGCCCGGCCGGGGACACUGAGCCUGCGACGCCUCCAGACUGCACCUGCAACACCUGAGCGCACAGCCCUGGGUCUUUAGACUGUAAGCUUCAGCCAUGUUAACUGCCUCAAAUUCUGGGCGUAAGAGAACCCCCUCCCCCCCCUUUUUUUAAAGCUUGCCAUCCUUCCUCACUCCCCUUAACAGAUUUGUAUUUGUUUAAUAAAAUGUCUUAAAGUUUAUCAAUUUUCCAAUGUUACUGGACCCUUAAAUGUAAAUAACUUCAAUAAAACAUUGUAUCAGUUGUAUGAGAUCUUCAAA